AUGUCUUGCCAGCAGAACCAGCAGCAGUGCCAGGCUCCUCCCAAGUGCCCCUCACCCAAGUGUCCCCCAAAGAGCACUGCACAGUGCUUGCCCGCAGUCUCCUCUGGCUGUGCUCUGAGCUCCGGGGGCUGCCGUGGCCCCAGCUCUGAGUCUGGCUGCUGCCUGAGCCACCACAGGCGCCGCAGGUCCCACCGAUGCCGGCGCCAGAGCUCCGACUGCAGUGACGAUGGCAGUGGUCGGCAGUCCGGAGCCUCCAGCUGUGGCCACAGCUCUGGGGGUUGCUGUUGA